AUGGCUAUGAUCCUGUGGACAUUGGUACUCUCUCUGUUCAUUCAGGGCUGUUUGAGCAGUGUGGGACAGCCUGAAAGUGGCUGCAGGAAAUGGAGACUUGAUGGGGUGAAUGUUUGCUGUGAUGAGUGUCAGCCAGGAAACCGCUUGGUCAUAGAAUGUGGUCCAGACCCGAAAGAUCUUUGUACUCCUUGUGAGUCUGAAACUUACACAAACUACCCUAAUGGGAAGAGAUGUUGGAGGUGUACACAGUGUGAGGGUCAAGUCCUGGUGAAAAAGUGCACAGCCACAUCUGACACAGUGUGUGGUUGUGAAGAGGGACAAAUCUGUGGUGAUGAGAAGUGUUCCUUCUGUGCUAAAGAGUGUGCCAAAGGCCAUGAACCAGAUAAACGUUCUUGCAGACCGUGUCCUGAUGGAACCUUCAAUGACCAAAUUCACCAGAAGUGUAAACCCUGGAGUACCAAGUGUCCUAAUCCAGAUGAAGUCAUUGUGGCCGCUGGGAAUAAAAUCUCUGACAUCAAGUGUAACACCACUGUUCCAAUACAGCCUGAUCGUACGAACAAGGAUAAGGACAAGGACGAGUGGUCAGUGGCCUUAUUUGUGGUCCCCAGCGUUUUUCUAAUGACCUUUAUUAUCAUCAUCAUAAUCUUCAUUGUGACUGUGAAAACCCGCUCCAAAACAGAUGAGGAGGAGAAGAAAACAAAAAAGGAAACCAUAAAAACACCAAUAAUCAGAACCCCCACAGAUGACCCUGAGACAUUAAUAGCCAUAGAGUGCAGUUUCCACGAAGCCCAGCAAGAACAAGGCAGCAGCUCAGAGUCGUUGGCCUCCAAGGACUCCUCAGACCAGCUCAUUGUAUGAAUGGAAUGAGACCAGACUUCAAUUACAUGGGAAAUGCCUUUCAAGGUUUUGUUUAUUUCAGGGGAAAAACACAGGCUAUUGUGAAUAAGAUCCUUCUUUGUGCUACUG